AUGGCCGUGAUAGUCAGGUGGAUAACUGAGAAUGUCCAAGAGAUUUUGCAGAUCUCCGGGCUGACUCUGCAGUCUUUCCUCGUCUUCUGCACGGCUGUUAUCCUGGUGUGUUUUCUCUUGAAGCGCGGCAGAAACCCGCCUCCCUACCCGGCAGGACGUGUGCCUGUUCUCGGGCACCUCCUCGCCUUGGGCCGAGCGCCUCACCUCAAGCUGACGGCGUGGAGGCGGCAGUACGGGGACGUCUUUACCGUCAGGAUGGGGAUGGAAGAUGUAGUGGUUCUGAACGGCUACACUGCCGUCAAGGACGCGCUCGUGGACAGGUCCGAGCUGUUUGCCUCCAGGCCACCUAAUUACCUGGCUGAUACAAUAGUUGAUUUUGGAAAAGACAUAGGCGCUGCACGCUGGGGACCUGAGUUCAGACAGAGAAAGAGGUUUGCCACCGCCGUCCUGAAGAACCUGGGCAUGAAGGGUGGAACUGGCAGCAUCGAGGAGAAAAUCCGAGAGGAGGCGAGCUGUCUCCUCAACAGGAUUGCAGAAUACAACGAGAACCCAUCUGACAUCGCUCAUGACGUCACCGUUGCGGUUGCAAACGUCAUCUGCUCUAUGCUAAUGGGGAAGCGCUAUGACUACAGGGACGAGACGUUCAGGGAACUGGCAGAUGCACUAGUCACGGUCAUGGAUGAACUUGUAGUUGGACAGAUAAUCAACGUUUUCCCCUUGCUACGGUUUGUUCCUGUCGUGAAUAGAGCCAGCAUCAACGCGUUGAAAGAGUCCUCCAAGAUCGCAAAGGUGAUAAGACAAGAAAUAGCCCAUCAUCGCGAGAACCUGGAUCGCGAGAACCCGCGAGACUUCCUCGACUACUGCCUGCUGGAGGUUGAGAAGCAGGAGAAGGUGGAGGGUCUGACGGAGGAGAUCGUGAUGUACAUGGCGGAGGACCUCUUCUUUGGGGGAUUUAACACAACCACCAACACCUUGCUGUGGAGUCUGCUCUACAUAACUUUGAACCCCGACAUCCAGAAUAAGGUGCAGCAGGAGCUUGAUGCCGUUGUUGGUGAGGGUCUGCCCGCCUUGUCCCACCGUUCCCAGCUGCCCUACGUGAACGCCUGUCUGCUGGAGGUCAUGAGGAUCCGGCCCGUCGUAUCUCUCACGGCUCCCCACGCCACAUCAGACACGGUCAAAGUGGGGGAAUAUGACAUCCCUAAGGGCACCCAGGUACUACCGAACCUGUACUCCCUCCACAUGGACCCCGCCUACUGGCCUGAUCCGGACCGGUUUGACCCCGGAAGGUUUCUGGACGCGGAAGGGAACGUCACCAACAAGCCUGAGUCUUUCAUGCCUUUUGGGGGCGGCCGACGUGUGUGUCUUGGGGAACAGCUGGCCAGGAUGGAGCUGUUCCUGUUCUUCUCGACCCUGCUGCAGUCCUUCACAUUCAGGACGCCAGAGGGCGCUCCUCCUCCAUUAACUGACGGCGUCUUUGAUCUGACCUUGACCCCGCACCCGUUUGAGCUCUGUGCGAUCCCGCGUUAG